AUGUUGGCGUCGCUCCUGAUGGCGGCGCUGGGCCUGGCCGCCCGCGUCCUCGCGCAAGAAGCCGCGUGCUACGCGCCCAACGGCGACCUGGCCAACAACGAGACGUACGUGCCGUGUAACAAGCUCGGCAUCAACCAGUCGGGCGUCUUUUCGAGCUGCUGCGCCCUCGACGGCCCGCCCGACCAGCGCGACACCUGCUCGUCGUCCGGCCUGUGUAUCAACCGCCAGGGCCAGCCGCAGCGGGGGUACUGCACGGAUCGGACCUGGAAGAGCAAGGCUUGCAACCACGUCUGUACGGAUGUCCAGACUGGAGGCAAUCCCGGAAACAUCAGCUUCAUGACGGCUUGCAAUGACGGAACGGCCAAGUAUUGCUGCGGGAGAUCGAACACGACCUGCUGCGGUACGGACGCCGCCUUCUCCAUCGCGACGCAGGAGGCCGUGUGCACGGCAAACUCGACAAGCUCCGACGGCACCACGGCCGAAGCCUCGUCCCCGUUCAAGGGCGCCACCAUCGGCCUCGCCGUCGUCGCCGGCGUCUCCCUCCUGGCCGGCCUCCUUUCGACGACAUGGCUCUGGAAGCAGAACAAGAAGCUCAAGACGGAGCUGGCCGAGAAGACGGAGUCGUUGAGCCGGCCGAUGGAGCCGCAGUUCACGGGAGCCACGAGCUCGUACGCGGGGACCUCGCCGCAGCAGACGUACAAGUCGCAUUACGGCACGUCGUCUCCACCGCCGCCCAUGUCGCCCAACUCGGAUUACCGUCACGGGAACCUCAAUAGGUACUCCGAGCUAGACGCGUCCGCGGCUGUGGCACGGAGCGAGAUGGGCUCGCCGUCUCCGUAUGACCAGCCGGGUCGAGACUCGCCGGUGCCGGGACACGGAAAUGGACAUGGAGCUGGAAGCUAUGGCAGCCCGAUGCACUCGCCGCAUCUGCCGCAGUCUUGA